AUGCAGAGAAUUAAUAAGAACGUGGUUUUGGCUCUUCUUACUUUGACAAGUUCAGUGUUUCUCCUGUUCCAGUUGUACUAUUAUAAGUACUACUUAUCGCCAAAGGAAGUAUUCUUGCUGCAACUGCAGAAGAGGAUACUGCUGUCAAAAGCUGGUUUAGCACUUCAGCAUACUCUGAUUUCAAGUCCUUUGCCAGUGACUUCCACAAGUUCUAAUGGAGCUGUUUUUUCAAAAGUUAAAGGAAGCCAGUCAGGACAAGAUGGCAUACAAUGGCACGUGAUUAAGAAAUUCCUUGGUUUAGUGUCCAGUCACAAUGUACCAGUGUAUCUCAUUGAUCCUUUGGUUCUGGGAUUAAUUCAGAAAGACUUUGAACAGCUCAGCAGCUCUUCUGAUGGCAUGAGCCCAGAAUGCAAGUAUUUGUGUGCUCCACGGGACUUCACCACAUUUGCAUUACUGGACAAAACAUGGAAACAUGAAGUGAGUUUGGUUAGAGCUGCUGAAAAAAUGGGGUUCCGGUGGCUAAAGAUACAGAACAAAGACCCCCGUUUGGAAGGGAUGGAUGACCUCUCUGGGAUUGAAAUUCCCCUCCACUAUAUCUUCAAACUGGCCGCUCAUGCCAUCCACCUGGUGGUCUUUUAUGAGAGGAGUGGUAACUAUGUCUGGCAUGGCCCAUUGCGGCUGAAACAAAACAUAGACAGAAAGUUUGUUCCUUUCCGAAAGCUACAUUUUGGUCGCUACCCUGGAGCUUACAACAAGCCAGAAGUACUACAACUUUCCAUUGAUGACUUAAAAGUUCAGAUUCCAAAAAAUCUGUCCCAAUUUCUAGAGGAGAUGUCACACUCUAGGUUUCUUGAAUGUAGGUACAGAGAAGCUCGGGCAUUCUUUCAGCUGUAUCCUGAUGAUGCCUCUCUUGAUGCAGUGGAGUUUAGGAAAAAAGCAAAAGCAUUGCUUCAUCUGGCUGCCCUGACAUUAAAUAACUUAGGAGUGAGGUUCUGGCUGAGCAGUGGAACAUGCCUUGGCUGGUAUAGACAGUGUAAUAUUAUUCCCUAUAGCAAAGACGUGGAUUUGGGGAUCUUCAUACAAGACUAUAAAUCUGAUAUUAUUCCAGCAUUUCAGAAGGCAGGACUACCACUGAAGCACAAGUUUGGCAAGGUAGAAGACAGCUUGGAACUCUCCUUUCAGGGAGAAGAUGAUGUGAAACUUGAUAUUUUUUUCUUCUAUGAAGACGAUGACCACAUAUGGAAUGGAGGAACUCAAGCCAAAUCGGGCAAGAAAUUUAAGUACCUGUUUCCUAAGUUUACACUGUGUUGGACUGAGUUUGUAGAACUCAAGGUACAUGUGCCUUGUGAAACCCUCCGAUAUGUCGAAGCCAACUAUGGCAAGGACUGGAAGGUACCUGUGAAGGUGUGGGACUGGAAGAGCUCUCCAUCCAAUGUGCAGUACAAUGGGAUGUGGCCUGUUGAUGAAUGGGAUGAUGUCAUUCAAGUCUACUGA